GAUUCCUAGUGUCGGACAAUUAAUAAACUAAGCAAUAAUUAGGCUCCGCUGCCUGAAAUGGAAUUCUUGUAAAAUGCUAAUACUCCACCUUGAAUCAUUUGUUCGUUAUUUCAUCAGGUGGGAAUAAAACGAAGAAUAGCCUUCUCUGAAAAAAGAUCGCCAUGCUAUUGAAUCUUCUAUCACGUGACGGAUGCAUAUUGCGUCAUAGGCUCCAAGAGACUGCCUGGACAAGAGGCUGUGCAAUAGCGGUCAAGGAAUGUAAAAAUGUAGAUGGAAAACAAAUAACUAUUGGCGAUGUAACCGCGCAAAUAACAAAGCCCAAGAACGUACAUUUGGUGCCCCAGAAAUAUAUAAAUUACGCACAAGAUGGGACGGUCCAGUUGGCUCAAACAGCACUUCACCAUCUGCGGUGGAUGCUGCAGAAAGAUUCACUUAAACAAAACAUGUUUCUGUUGGGUGGACCAGGGCCACUGAGGCGACAACUGGUCAUGCAGUUUUUGGAAAUUACGGAACGUGAACUUGAAUAUGUGGCGCUUACUCGCGAUACAACCGAAAGCGAUCUAAAGGAACGUCGUGAGAUUCUGAGCAAAUCUGCCCAAUACCAUUAUCAGGCCGCAGUACGCGCUGCACUUUACGGCCGAGUGCUGGUGCUGGACGGCAUUGAACAUGCCGAACGCAAUGUUUUGCCGGUGCUCAACAAUCUUCUAGAGAAUCGUGAAAUGCACCUAGAAAGUGGUAAAUUUCUAAUGGCACCAGAACAAUACGAUAAGUUGCUAAAGAAGCACAGUCAGCGACAACUUGAUGACUGGGGCUUACUAAGGGUCUCGGAACACUUUCGUAUAGUGGCACUUGGACUUCCCAUACAGAUAUAUAGAGGCACUCCACUUGAUCCUCCGCUAAGGUCGCGUUUUCAGUCGCGCAACAUAUUACCAUACACUUUUCAGGAGUUGUACGAGGAGCUACAGCAGAUAACUCCCAUUGUGCCUGCCCCACGGCUUAAACAGUUACUUACCUGUGCGUUAACACUUCAAACAGCUGGUAAAGCGCUCCAACUACCAGAUUUUCCAUUACAUAAUCUUCGACUAGCCGUUAAGAUGAUGCGAGCGAAUCCAAAACUAACCUUGCAGGAUGUCUUACAAGUCUUGUAUCCGUUUCAAUCCGUGCUAAUGCCAGAUCAGCAGAAACGUGUUAAGGAACUGUUUACUAGUAUGUCGCUUCAGCACAUGUCCACGCAUAGUGUACAUCGUAUAAGCAGCCAGGCUCAAGAUGACUUUGUUGACGUGUAUCUGGACGAGGUACACUUACGCAUGCCUUGUGGAUCAACUGCGCCUUUAAACAGCAACUUUGUGGAUCUACCACAUCAACGACAAGUACUGGCUACUCUAGUGCAAUCCUAUGCAGUUGGAGAUGUCUGUCUGCUGGGCGAAAGGGGUGUUGGAAAACUAACACUGACAAAACAGCUUUUGCGCCUACUGCAUCAAUCGUCUGAACUUAUGAUGCUCUAUGAGGAUAUGACAUCGUCGGAUCUUUUACAGCAACGCAUUACCAACGUAGAAGGUGACACCAUUUGGCGGGAUUCCCCAUUGGUCCGAGCAGCAAAAACCGGAUCGGUGGCAGUACUUAAUGGCCUUCACAGACUACACAAAAGCACAGCUGUAGUACUGCAAAGAAUAGUCCAUGAUCGCGAGUUACAGUUAUGUGAUGGCACAACUUUACUUCGUCAAGAUCGCUACCAGGAGCUUCUGCGGCAGGGAUUUAACACACGUCAGCUUACUGAACGAAAUGUGUUACCUAUACCCGAUUCUUUUCGCAUCGUAGCUUUAGGGGAGCUGCCAAAUCCCGGUGAUAAUAAGCCUAACUGGCUGACACCGGAAUUGUUAGGCAUGUUUCUCUAUCAGGAGUUGCGGCCACUUCAGCAGAGUGAAGAGCAAGAAUUAUUAAUGAAGUUAUGCGGCCUUGUGCCGCCUGAGAUGCUGCAGCUUCUAACACUAGCACAACUCUUACGUAGCUCAAAAAAUCCAUUACUUCACGGUCUAGCCGAUAGGCUAUCAACACGUCGACUGCUAAAGGUGGGCCGACGCCUAAAGGCAUACCCAUCGAGCAACCCAAACUAUGUUUGUGAAAUUCUGCAGGAUAUAUUUCUGAUUAAGUUUAUGCCUUCACUUACGCGUUCGGCCCUUGAGCAGGCUAUAAAGCAAGCAGGAAUUGAAUUAAGUUGUAAUAUAGGUCAAACCUGCGACUGGAACCAAAAACAAAUCAGCGUAGUGAACAACAAACUACUCAUUGGCGAAACUCUGAUGCAGUUGCCAGAGACAUCACUGGAGCAGCAAUCGAAGGUGCCUAGCACCCUGUUUUACGAAAUGCCACAACACGUUAUGCUGCUAGAGCGCCUUCUGCAGGACUAUCUAAUCGGUGAGCAUUUGCUGUUGGUAGGUAAUCAGGGCGUAGGCAAAAACAAGCUCAUCGAUCGUUUACUAGAGCUCAUGCGCCGGCCACGCGAAUAUUUACAGCUACAUAGGGAUACAACAGUACACAGCCUAACAGUACAAUCGACUCUACGCGAUGGCAAAGUGGUCUUUGAAGACAGCGUUUUGGUGAAAGCUGUAAAAACAGGUCAUACACUCGUUAUAGACGAGGCGGACAAAGCUCCGCUUAAUGUUUCCUGCAUUCUCCGCACUUUAGGCGAGAGCGGUGAGAUGCUGCUUUCUGAUGGGCGUCGGAUUUUGCCACACGGGACUAGUGCAACGACACCCAAUUGCAUCGAGACUCACGGUGACUUUCGACUGAUUGUGCUAGCAAACCGGCCGGGGUUUCCGUUUUUAGGUAACGAUUUCUUUGCGGCGGUGGGCGAUGUCUUUAGUUGCCAUGCCAUAGAAAAUCCCACACCCGAUUCGGAGAUGUACCUUCUGAAGCGCUAUGGACCAACUGUGCCCAAUAAAACGCUCAGAAUGUUAGUAAAUGCAUUUGGUGAGCUUCGUACUCUGGCGGACGAGGGGCUUCUUAAUUAUCCGUACUCUACGCGGGAAGUUGUGAGCAUUGUAAGACAUUUAGAGCGUUAUCCACAAGACGACAUGUGCGAGUUAAUAGGAAACGUGCUAGACUUUGAUCGCUACCAGCCGGAGGCAUUGCAGCAGGUCACCCACGUGUUGACUAAACAUGGUAUGUUAAUCGAGGCAUAUGCAACGGACGAAUUGCAGUCACUACGCAAUCAACGGCAGCUCCAGUUAAGCAUCCAACAAUACAGCGGGCUGGAUGUGUCAGGAUCCAAACUUGGUAAAUUUGAUCCAAAAAAUGAGCCACAUGUAGGUGGCAAUACGUGGGCGGGUGGUACCGGUGGACGGGAUACAGAAGGUCUAGGCGGCAAAGGUGGACCAUUUCGCCUGGACAAGGGGCAUAACGUGUACCAAUUGAGCGACGAUGAGAAAGCUGAUAUUCCCGAGAAAAUAAAACGUGCUGCACGUGAAAUGAAUCGAAAAGCCUUUGAGCAGAAACUACAAGAGAUCAAAAUGUCCGCCCACGAUCAUCGUUUGUAUGCGCAAUUAAUAGAGCCAACCCGCAAGCCAGUACAGCAGUUAAGGGCCAUUUUGGAGGCUAUGCAGACUAAGAGUAAAGAACGUCAGUGGCAAAAGUACCAAACUCAAGGCGAGCUAGAUGACACGCGUCUCAUCGAAGGCAUCACCGGAGAAAAAAACAUUUACAAGCGACGAAGCGAGGCAAAUCCCUGGGCGGAUUAUGCUCAGACAAAACCUAAUCGACUUAGGCUUGUGGUUGAUGUCUCAGGAUCUAUGUACAGGUUUAAUGGCUAUGAUGGACGGUUGGACCGUGAAUUAGAGGCGGUAUUAAUGGUCAUACAAGCAUUUGAAGGCUACGAAAAAAAAAUUGUUUAUGAUAUUGUUGGCCAUAGCGGCGAAGGCUGGGAUUUGCCCUUCGUCAACGUGGGUAGUGUCCCUAAAAACGACAAGGAGCGCUUUGAUAUAAUACGUAUGAUGCGCGCUCAUUCACAAUUUUGUUGGUCCGGCGAUAGCACUGUAAAAGCGGCACGAGAGGCUUGCACUACUUUGGGCGCAGAGUUGAAAUACGACAAUGGCAUGGUCGUUGUUCUUAGCGAUGCUAAUCUAGCGCGAUAUCGCAUAUUACCAAAGGAUCUAACUCUGUCUCUUACCUGCGGUGAACCUAAGGUGAAGGGCUAUGUUAUCUUUAUUGGAAGUCUAGCUGAAGAGGCCGACAAAAUCAAAACCGAGAUGCCGGUUGGACAGAGCUACGUAUGCAUGGACCUUACUAAAUUGCCGCAGAUAUUACAUCAAAUUUUUAUUUCCUCUCUUUUUUAAAAAUAUUUCAAGUUUGGGUUGAAAAUUGAGCUCAUUUA